AUCUUAAACGAAAAAAAUAAAAAAUAAAAAAAAAACCCAAAUCCCCGACCCCGCGCCGCUCCACCGUCGCCGAACAAAAUGCAGGGCGCCUCCACGGGCAUCGUCUACGGCGGCCUCAAAUACCAGGCGAGGUGCAUCGCCGAUGUCCGCGCCGACCCCGACCACACCACCUUCCUCGCCGGAACCCUAAGCCUCAAGGAGGAGAACGAGGUGCACCUGAUCCGGCUAUCGGCGUCGGGGAGCGAGCUCGUGUGCGAGGGGCUGUUCUACCACCCCAACGAGAUCUGGGAUCUUAAGUCUUGCCCCUACGAUCCGAGGAUUUUCUCCACCGUGUUCACUUCCGGCGAAACAUAUGGAGCUUCCAUCUGGAAGAUUCCUGAGCUUUAUGGACAGUCUAAUUCCCCACAGUUGGAACAACUUGUUUCCCUCGAUGAGCACACCUUUAAGAUCAAAUGUAUUCUUUGGUGGCCACUGGGGAAGCACGAUAAACUAAUCAGCAUUGAUGAGGGAAAUCUCUUCCUAUGGAGCUUAGAUUCUUCAAAUAAAAGAGCAAAGGUGAUAUCACAAGAGUCUGUUGGUAUGCUUCAUAAUUUAUCUGGUGGAGCGUGGGACCCACAUGACAGAAAUGCUGUUGCAGCAAUCUGUGAUUCUUCACUUCAGUGCUGGGAUCUUCGCACAAUGAAGAGGGCAAAUACAAUUGAACAUGCUCAUGUCAGGGAUGUUGAUUAUAACCCGAAAAGGCAACACAUACUUGCCACUGCAGAAGAUGAAUCUGGGAUACACAUAUGGGAUCUUAGAAUGCCUAAAUUUCCUCUAAAAGAGCUCCCUCGGCAUAUGCAUUGGACAUGGGCUGUCCGUCACAACCCAGAAUAUGACAACCUGAUUUUGAGUGCAGGAACUGAUUCAACUGUAAAUUUGUGGUCGGUUAAAAUUGCCAGUGAUGAUUCGACACCCGAAAGUCCUGUUGACUCUUCAAGAAGGCUGACGGAUCCUCUACUCAAUUCAUACACUGACUAUGAGGAUAGCAUCUAUGGUCUUGCAUGGAGCUCACGGGAGCCUUCUGUUUUUGCAUCAUUGUCCUAUGACGGGAGGGUUGUUGUUGAAUCCGUGAGACCUUACAUGCAGAAAAAGUAAUAGCUGUUAUGUUCUUGGUGUGCAGGAGAUUACAAUGUGGUGUGUUCAAUCUAUGCUCACAAAUCUCUAGUUGUUAUGAGAAUCAAUACCGUCAUUGUUUUAUUUAAAACAUAGAGCUUACGAAGAGAAAUCAUUUUCAAAUGAUCACAUAUUGCACAAUUGAGGAUGCCUCUUGGUUUAUUCGAACACUGGCAACAGUUGAGUACACACUUUUUCUCCAGUAAAUAAUUGAGCCUGAGGAACAAAUAGCCAAAACAUCAGGUCACAUUUAGUUAAAGAAGAUUUGUUUUCCCUUUUGUUGUUCUUGAUAGAGGUUGGAGGAUUUGAUAUCACCGUCGUCGCCUACUGUGCAUUUUUCUGCAGCUGUUGUGUCCAUAGUGUGUAGUAUGUAGAAGAGGCAGAAAAUGUUAACAUUUGAUUAACUCUGAAAACUGACUUCUACUGCUUCUCUCUCCAUGUCUAUGAUUUUCUUUUCAGUUCUUUAAAUAGAGAACAAAGAAUUUGUUUGUGUCGACCUUUAUUGACUAAACAACAAUAAAAUGCUGAGUCGGUCCUUCGGAUAA